CCACCCUUUACCGUAGACCCUGAGGAAUGGUCUUCAGUCCAGGUGCUACAUUGGGCUGCUUGGGUGACGAAGGAAUUCCAGCUCGGACCGCUGGUGCAUGUCGAAGGCCUUCACAGGCUGGACGGCGCCCAGCUCUGCUCGCUGACCCAGGAGCUCUUCCUGGAUCGAGUCUCCCAUGGGGAGAUCCUGUGGAGCCACCUGGAGCUGCUACGGAAAUACGUCCAGGCGAGUCAGGACCACGUGGGAGCCAUAACCACGGUCUGCAUCGAACCACAGUACCAGAUCAUCCCGGGCCCCAUCAUAUCGGGAUCUCCUGGCUCCAUCAGCGUGAUUGGUGGUGGUGGUGGUGGUGGCGGUGGUGGUGGUGGUGGUGGCGGUGGUGGUGGUGGUGGUGGUGCUACCACCACCGCCACCACCACCACCAAGUCCAUCAAGCCGAGCAGAGCUCCACGCAUCUCUGGGGAGGAUCGUAGCUCACCUGGGAAUCGCACCGGCAACAACGGGCAGAUCCAGCUGUGGCAGUUCUUGCUGGAGCUUCUCACUGAUCGUGAGGCUCGCGACUGCAUCUGCUGGGUGGGUGAUGAGGGGGAGUUCAAGCUGAACCAGCCGGAGCACGUGGCCCAGCGUUGGGGGCAACGGAAGAACAAACCCACCAUGAAUUAUGAGAAGCUGAGCCGGGCACUGCGCUACUACUACGACGGUGACAUGAUCUGCAAGGUGCAGGGCAAGCGUUUUGUCUACAAGUUUGUGUGCGACCUCAAGACUCUGAUUGGAUAUUCAGCGUCGGAGUUGAACCGCCUGGUUCUUGAGGCUCAGCAAAAGGAGGAGCGGAGACACUCAAGGAUCCACAUCCACCACCACCAGCAGUAGCAGCAGUAGUAGUGAAUUAGCCUGGCACAGUAAGGAGGCUACAGCUACAGGUGCUGCUGGUGGUGAUGGUGAUGGUGGUGGUGAUGGUGGUGGUGAUGGUGGUGGUGAUGGUGGUGAUGGUGGUGAUGGUGGUGGUGAUGGUGGUG